CAUUUGAGUCUCAACUCUCGUGUUUAAGGCCAAUUUCACGCUAGGUUGUUCGUGUUUGUGAUAUUUCAGGUCCUAGUACGUGAAGGAAGGUACGGGCACGAGUUCGGGGUCGAUUAGACGAAGUCAGAACGAUUGAUGAAAAGCUUGGGAAACCACACGGCCAGACCUAAAAACCACACAGCCUAAAAACCACACGACCGUGUGACGUGGCCUUGUGGAACCCCUUUGCGCGGGCAAACCACACUGGCCGUGUAAAGGAUCCUUUGUGGCCAUGUGGAAUUCCCAGGGAGCUCACACGGGCAGGCCAAGAUUUCACACGGCCGUGCGGCUUGGCCGUGUAGCGUGCGUGAAGACACUUAAGUGAAACGCGGCGUUUUAUACUUCCACACGGGCAGUUGGCAAUUCUACACGGUCGUGUACUCGCGAAAUUCUGGGUUUUAACCCAAUUUUGGGUCUUUUGAAGGGGGGAUCAAUUUUCAGAGCGAGAAACAGAGUCCUAGAGAGAGAAAGUGCGAAGAACACACCCUAGAGGUGAUUUUGGAGCUGGGUUUCAUCAAUCAAGCUUGGAUUUCAUCCUUGGAGUGAAGAUUAUCAUCCUAGAGCAUAUUCUUCUCCAUCUUGAUGAGUAUGACUGCUUUCAGUGCUUUGUUUUCUGUUUUCCUCUCUCUCUAUAUAUAUAUGGAGUAGAACCCUCUCUCACUUGGGUAUGAAGAACCCUAGUUCCAUGUGUUAGGGAUAUCGAUUGUAAUGACGUUUGGAUUGUGAUACUGCUUGAUUAUAAUCGAUUGAAGUGUUUUGAUUGAGUCAAUUGAAGGCUGAUAAUCUUUUAUUGAUUUCUGCCGCAACCUGAGAUAGAUAAAAUUUGAUUAGGUUGUUAGAGCCGGACUUCACAUGGCCAAGGAGUUGGGCGCCCAGAAGGUGCAAGUUAAGACAUAUUCGGCUCUCAUGAUCAACCAGCUCAAAGGGAUUUAUGAGGUCAAAGAAGAUGCGCUUGAAAUUUAUGUGCGAAGGGUAAGAGAGAUGGGCGCCUGGUUUGGGGAGGUCGUGUUCACGCAUAUUCCAAGAGAGGAGAAUACCCGUGAGGACGCCUUGUCAAAGCUAGCAACCGCUCUCGACUUCGCAGAGGAACAGAAAGUCCUCGUCACAAGGGAGGUGCCACAAGAACAUCUGAUGGCCACCCUAGCCAAUGCAAGUGGUGAUUGGAUGGCGCCCAUAGAACUGUUUCUAACCCAAGGCGUAGUGCCCGAAGACUCAAAAGAAGCAUGGCGCCUCCGUCGAAGGGCGACACGAUGCUGCAUUAUAGAAGGCUGACUAUACAAAAGAUCUCAUUUGGGCGCAUACUUGCGAUGUUUGAACGAUGAGGAAAUCAAGACCGACAUCGGCGAGGUGCAUAGCGGGGCAUGCGGCAUGCACGCAGGGGUACGAAGUCUGGAGAAGACAUUGUUGCGACAAGGGUAUUAUUGGCUGACGAUGAGAAAGGAUGUGAGGACACACGUCAGCGCCUGUCAUCAGUGCCAGGUGCAUGCAAAUGACAUACAUAUACCAGCGGCACCAAUGGAAGGCAACUUGAGCGCCUGUCGUUUGCUCAAUGAGGCAUGGAUCUCUUGGGUCCUUUUCCAAAGGCACCCGGCCAAAUGAAAUACAUAAUAGUGG